ACAGAGAAACCUGAACGCAGCACACAAAGCAAUGAAUUGAAGGGGUGAGCAGGACGGUGAAAACAAAAAUGGACAUCGAUCGAAUAUAACGAAGCUGUUUGUCUAUGUCAGACCUCUGACUGGCACUUCAAAAAGAACCUGAGGGGAGAAAAGUGAAAGAACCAUGGAGGCUCGCUUUGGUAAUAUUGUAUUCAGCUCCAAGUUUGACUCAGGGAACCUGGCACAGGUGGAAAAGGUGGAGAAGGGCAGUUCCAGCCCUUCCUCUGAUACAGCUUCCAGCGGAAGUGCCUCCUCAGGGUCAACCCUUACCCCUGACUACGAGUUCAACGUGUGGACGCAGCCAGACUGCGCUGGCACAGAACAUGAGAAUGGAAACCGAUCAUGGUUUUACUUCAGUGUGCGAGGUGCAGCACCAGGGAAGAUACUGAAGAUCAAUGUGAUGAACAUGAAUAAUCAGAGGAAGCUGUAUAGCCAGGGCAUGGCUCCUCUUGUACGCACCUUACCUGGCAAGAACCGGUGGGAAAGGAUCAGAGACAGACCCACAUCUGAGAUUGUAGAUAACCAGUUCAUCCUCUCAUUCACUCACCGGCUGUUGGAGGUGCGAGGGGCCACCACCUACUUCUCGUUCUGCUACCCAUUCUCUUACAGUGAGUGCCAGGAGAUGCUGCAGCAGUUGGAUGAGAGCUAUCCCAAUGCUACUCAACUCAGCCCAAGCAGUGCACCAGGCAGUGUGUAUUAUCAUAGGGAGUUGCUGUGCCAUUCUCUGGAUGGCAAUAGGGUGGACCUGCUCACUGUGACCAACUGCAGCGGGAUGCUGGAGGAGCGAGAACCCCGCCUGCCCAAACUGUUUCCCGACACCAACACUCCCAGACCACAUCGCUUCCCCAGCAAAAGGGUGUUUUUUCUCAGCAGUCGGGUGCACCCAGGGGAGACGCCCUCAUCCUUUGUGUUCAACGGUUUCCUAAACUUUAUUCUAAGAAGAGAUGACCCCCGUGCUCAUGCACUUCGAAACAUGUUUGUGUUCAAGCUCAUUCCCAUGCUCAACCCAGACGGGGUUAUCCGUGGACACUACAGGACUGAUUCCAGGGGAGUGAACUUGAACAGACAAUACCUGAACCCCAGCCCUGAGAUGCACCCAUCCAUCUAUGCAGCCAAAACACUGUUGCUCUACCACCACACACACAACCGCUUGCACAAUACACAGUCCAGCUCUCACUUCAACAGCCCUACACACACACAGAGCCCUCCUCUCAACAGCAAUCCCGCCAACCAGCAUCAAGCUCCUCCCCUCACUACCCUUGAUGCCAGCUUGAACCAACAAAUUACAGAGAAGGACGCAAAUCCUGCGCAACCCGAAAUUCCCAUGGUGAUGGAGGAAAACGUCUGGGUCACCACGGAGAUGGGGAAAGGAGACCAUAACAGCUCAUCGAGCUCCUCAGAGACUGUAGCCCCUGUUACUGUAGAGGUAACAGUCCCAGUGGUGGAGGAGCAGGAAUCAAUUCCGCCCCAGGAGGGAGGCGUGGCAUAUUAUGUGGACUUACAUGGCCAUGCCUCUAAACGUGGAUGUUUCAUGUAUGGGAAUAGCCUUCCUGAUGAGAGCCAGCAGGUAGAGAACAUGCUGUACCCGAGGCUGAUCGCUGUGAACUCUGCCCACUUUGAUUUCCUUGGCUGUAACUUCUCUGAGAAAAACAUGUAUGCACGAGACAAGAGAGAUGGGCAGUCUAAAGAAGGCAGUGGGCGGGUGGCCAUACACAAGGCCAUAGGGCUGCUUCACAGCUACACUUUGGAGUGCAAUUACAACACUGGAAAAACCAUGAACACCAUCCCACCUGCCUGCCACGACAAUGGGCGGGCAACCCCCCCUCCACCUCCAUCAUUCCCUCCGAAAUACACUCCAGAAAUAUUUGAACAGGUGGGGCGUGCUGUGGCUGUCUCAGCUCUGGACAUGGCAGAGUGUAACCCCUGGCCACGACUGGUUCUGUCUGAGCACAGCUGCCUGACAAAUCUCAGAGCCUGGAUCCUCAAGCACGUCCGCAACACCAAAGGCCUCAACACACACAUCCACGCUCACCCUCCAUCAAGAAUACACCACAAUGGCAGCAAGGCUUCACCGCCAAAGAAUUUCAAUAACUGUCUGUCUGGCUCUGCGUCAGAGAACACCCUCAGCCGCAUUCGCUGCAACAGUCACAGUAGCAGCAGCCAGACGCCCUCCCCAAAGAUGCACAGCUCUCCGAGCUUUACUUUUGGCUGCCCCCCACCCCGAACUCACACGCAGCACAACAGCACACACACAAGCGGACGUGGAGGCAACAAGACACUCGGGCCAGUCAGAGACCCUAAGCCUCAGGAAAAGAGACGUCCCCCCCACCACCGCUCCAUCCUCCGGUCUCCCAGCAACAGCCACACACCCUCACGCCCCCCUCUGUCACCCCCUUCCUCCUCCUCCUCCUCGUCUUCCUCAGUGUGUGCAGCGGGCUCUUGUCCCCUCCCGGCCUCCGUCAGUAUGACAGGCCUCAGCUGUCCAGACUUUAAGGCUGGGGGACCGAGUUCAGAGGGUUGGUCCAGAAUGCCUUUCCCCAUGCGUCCCGGGCGUGUGGGGAGAGGGUGCCGAACUCUCACAAUCACUCACCACCCCACAGAGGCCCGUACAAAGACUGCUAAAGACUUGGGGCCUGAACACAUUCUUUCUUCCAUCAAAUUUAGCAAGUGUGAGCUACAACCUCAAACGAGCCGCAUCCCCAUCCGGAAGGUGGGGUCAACUGACACGCCAGUCACACGUGACAGUAAAACAACCCCUGCUGGCAGUAGUCCAUCCUCAGCUGGAGAGAAAGAGGAGUCGGCCACCAUGAAGGUCUGGAAGCUGCUCAGACCAGGCCUCCACCGACACCUGUCUCUGUCAGGUGUAGCGGGGAAAGAUGGUGCCAUACAUCUGGCCUCUAGAGCACUAAUGAGGAAGAGCUCAGACAGGAGUUUACACUACAAAGGGAAUGCUAUCAUAGAAACUGCAACAGAGAUGGAUGAAACAUUGCAACAGGUUGAGGAAACCCCAGUGAUGCCUCUGCCUGAACCUGUGAACAUGUGUGAGACAGUGACCCUGUGUGGAGAAGCCUAGGAACUGCACAGAAGAGGAGGCACUUGUGCAUUUGCUUACUGUCUAAAUUACCAUAUAGUGAUCAAAACCAUUUUAAAAUAGUAUCGGAGAUUGUCAUCACAGGAUUAUCUGGGGCAUCUUAAUGUGCAAUACAACAUUUUUUUAUCUUUAUUUAUUCAGUUUCCUGAGCAUGCAUAGUGUCAUUAUCCAUGCUGUUCAACAUAGUCAUACCUAAGAGCUAGCCUAGUACAACAGCUGAGCAGUUUUACUGGGGCAGCUGGGGGUUAAGUGCCUUGCUCAAUGACACCACAGUAGUGGUUGAGGUAGGGGAGAGGCACACACUUUCCCCAUCCCAGUUUUCCAACUGAUGAAGAUCCAAUGACUUGAAAUAUCCUUAACAGUUCAGCUUCCAUCACUGUAUCUCACUUUUGUGUUUGUGUAAUUUUAGUCCUUUCCUUCUGCUGUUCCCUCCCCACAAAAGAUGGUAAAUGCACUCUGACCAAUACUGGUAUGGACUGAUAAAUAUAGUGUAUGGUCUCACAGUCAACCAUUUGUACUGUCACAGCAAAGGGUUGACUUUUAUUCCCUUAUGAGCACGACAGCACCUUUACAACCUCCUAUAUUUCCUUUGUGGGCUUAGAAACAAAUGUGUGAGAGAAGUACGUAUUUAAUGUAAUUAUUCCAUAAGUUGUUUGUGGUUUGCAUAUAAUACCCAUAUAAGGUAUUCACCCCCUGUUGGACUUUUUCAUGGUUUGUUUUACCAUAAAGGUCAACAGAAAAAAAAACUGAAAUGUUAAACUGAAAGUUAAAUGAAAAUAUAAAACAGUAGUCAGUGUUGUCGUGUUAGAGAGCCAUAUGUACCAAAUGAUUUUAGGAUGAAUAUACUUGUAUCUGGAAGGUCCACUCAAGAUAAAUAGUUAGGAAAGGACUUAACAAACAAAUCCAUGACAAAGUUACAGAAAAGUACCAAAUAAGAGAAUGAGUAAUAAGAGUACUUUAAGGACAGUCAGUAAAAAUAAGGCAUUUGAGACAGCUGUAAACCUACCUACCUAUAUCAGGCCACCCUCAGAGACUUAAGUGUCCGUGUGAAAAUGGCACUCAUGGGGCAGACCACCAAAAACUUAAGAUAUAAACCAGAGACAACAUCCCCGUUAUGAGACCUGGUGGGGUCAGCAUCAUGCUGUGGGUGUGCCUCUCUGCAGCAGGGCCUUGGAGGCUUGUGGGGUUGGAGGGGGGGGGGGGGGGUGAAAUGAAUGCAGCAAAACACAGAGGAAUACUAAAGCAAAACCUGCUUUCGCCUGCUGGGGAACUGCAACUUGGGGCAUUCAUUUUCCAAGUUUGAAUCCAAAGUUGAUACAGACCUAAAUCGUAUGACUAAUGACUGCAGUUGUUAUUUUAAAUAUGAUGAUGAGGGAUGAAUACUUAUCCAAUCAAAUGUUUUGUUAUUUAUUUUGUUAUUUAUAAUUAACACUGAUAAACCUUUAGAGGUUAAUUUUACUUUGUUUUGAGUGUCAACAAUUUACUUAGAUCUGUCAUCAUUCUACUUUAUAAAACCUGAAACAGUCCAAGGGUGGGUUCAUACUUUUAUGGGCAAUAUAUAUUUAUAUUGAAAAUACUCUCUGUCUCAUUCCUGAAGAGCUCUUUGCUCCACAGCACACUAAUAAGGGAACAAAUUAUACACAGACACACACACAUACAUAUCUGUAUGUACAUAUAUAAAAGGAAACCUGACUGAGAUGAUGUUGGACUUGAAUAAACUUGAAGUAUAAAUAA